CGGUACUGCCGAAUAUAUAAUGCUGAGGACUCAGCCAGUACUGCAGUACUUGUUUAAUUUACUUUUGCCACUAUGAAGCUACUUGCAAUUAUUCUAGUCUGCUCCCAGCUGUGUCUUAAUGGGGCCCAUUCCAAAAUGCUUUCAACUUUUUGUGACGACAGUUUAGUUGAAGCUGCUGUGGAUGAGGCAAUCAAAACCUACAACAAAGAACUAGUAUCAGGCAAUCAAUUUGCACGCUACCAAAUUAUUCAAGCCAAGAAAUCUGAAAAUGGCUCAGAGACAACCUACAAAGCCAAAUAUACUGUCAGAGAAUCCGACUGCCCAGUAGGGGGAGACAAAAUCUGGCUGGAAUGUGACUACCUGCCAGAGGGUAAAGCUGAAAUACGACCCUGCAAAGCUGUUGUAAAACAUUCUGGAGAAACCAACAGUGUUGUUUCAGUUGCCUGUCAUGCCCUUGACGAGGAACAUGCUGUUGCUGAACGGGUCCAUUGUGCUGGAUGCCCUCAAGAAAUAUCGACCAAUAAUACUGAACUAGCAAAGGCUUUGCAACAUGCACUAAAAAAAUUUAACAGGGAAAGCAACUACACAAAACAUUUCAUCAUUUCUGCAAUCAAGAAAUCUACAAGACAGGUGGUAGCUGGGUGGAUGUACAAUGCACAUUUUGAGAUCCAUCAGAGCAAUUGUUCAAAAGCAGAGUUUGAGGAGAUAACACCCAAAUGUCAGCCUGAAAACUCAGUUAUUGGUAAUUGCAAUGCUUCAAUUUAUGUUGUGCCAUGGAAAGGAGAAGUACAUCCUGAUAUAAACUGUGAAACCAAGGAGAUACCGUCUGUGUUUUUAAGGAUGCCCCCAGGCAUGUCUCCCUUCCGAAAUGUCCCUCUCAGUGACAAGAACCCAAAGCCCAUGGAUCUCCAAAGAGAUGGAGAUGGCAAGCAAGAAGAAGGGAAAAAAUCUUCUGAUGAAUCUAAGGAACACGUGACACAGACCUCUGACAGUGUUCCGGCACACGUGACAGGAGAUCCAUUGACGUUAGUUGGGCCUGGACCUGUGGUUAGGUAUCCCCCCUUCCACUGCCCCAGUAAACCAUGGAAGUCUGUUGAUUCCCAUGUUGUUGCUCACACCUCACAGCCUCAAUAACAGACAGAGCCCACACUGUAGUGACCGAGGACAAGUCGAAGCAAAGUGGCACAUUCAGCGAUUCUGACUUGUUGGCAGGUCUGUAAAGAGCCUGUUCACACCUUGAACCUUUACCUCAGUGUCUUCUUGUGUAGCUGCAAAUUAGUUUGCUUCUCAGUUUGGAACCUAAACAUACAUUUAAAUUCGUGUUUGAUCCCAGCUGAUGUCUUGUAUUCAAUAAAAGCCCUAUUUCACAA